AUCACCACCAUGCCACCAUUCGCGACAUGGAUCAGGUUACUUCGCGGUGUGUUCUCAGACGUGUUUUACUGCUUGAGUAUUGCUGGCUUGCCGACGCUGAAGGCUAUCUGGAAUAAACCUUCUCUGAUAUUCAAUCCCCGCCAGCUGUCGCAGACAUUCAUGGCUAAGGUGUGGGAGCCUUUCGGAGACGGGAUUGAUCAAAAUUCUCGUCAAGAAAAAGAAGACCUUAUUCUUCCGUGGGCAACCGGUGUAAUAUUCGAGAUUGGAGCUGCCCAUGGCCACCUUGCGAAGUACCUUGACAAAUAUCGUGUAACCGCAUACGUCGCCCUCGAGCCGAAUGAACUCAUGCAUGAGCGACUCCGGAAUAAGGCUUCCGAGUCGGGAUUUAAAGAAGAGGACGGCACGUUCCUGCUAAUACCAUCCGGAGCAGAGGAAGUAGAGAAGAUUGAGCAUGUGCUUCAAGAAUGGGCUCUGAAAUGGAGGAGGGACGGAAAGGAUGGGAGAGUUGUCGAUUCACUUGUGUCGAUUCUCACGUUUUGCUCAUUGCCGCCUUGUCCGACUUCCUCAUGGCCUGUUCGUUCAUCAACUCCUCCGGCCGAUACGAUCCGUGGCCUCCAAACGCGUAUACUUCGUCCAGGUGGCCAACUACUCUUUUACGAGCAUGUGCGAUCAUCAAUACCAGCGAUUGCUCGUGCACAGGAUUUCCUUUCACCUGUUUGGCGUUCCGUCUUUGACGGGUGCACUAUUGGCGUAGACAGUGUACGGGCUGUUUGGGAAGCAGGAUUUGACGAAGGCGAAUUUACUUCUGGUGCUAAAACCAAUGGAUCUGUAGAUGAAAGGAUGAAAAGCGGAUAUGGACUAUGGACAGAGAAGGACGGAGUGAGAUUUUGGGAACCAAUAGAUGAGAAGGAAGGAGGAUGGGCUGAGAUGCGCGUCUGGGGUAAUAAGGGGGAAGAUCCAGAGUCACUUUUCUGGCAUCAGUCUGGGCGAUGCGUGAAGAGGCAUUGAGUAUCCAUGAUGACUCAGUACCCUAUAAUGGAUCACCCUGGUGAAACUGUGGCGUUGAGCUAUCUCUUUCUUUCGUAGCAUCUUGAUUAGUGUGUUUUGUUUAAUGCUUUGACGCUUUAUUUCUUCUAUAGUGGAUGGAUUUCUCAAUCAAUGUAUCAGCGUUUGAUCCC